AUGGCUACAAGUGCUCCUAGCACGUCUACAUCCACGUCUGAGACGGCCUCCUCUUUACGUCCACACCCAUUUUCAACCAAGGCCAAACCAUUGGACAUUUCCGCCGAGUUGAUCCCAAAUGACAACCUAUUUCUCACGCGUUCACGACUCAAGAACCUUUUUCGAACACAGUCAACACAGUCGUUGAGAAAAGGCGUCGGGCUUAUGCCUUACCUUCAACGGACACUCCCUCCUCCAUCUGCACACACACUCCUAUCCACUUAUUUCGCUAGAAGAGGAAAGGGAAGAAUACGACCGGGUAGUGUGCUCACGGUCACACUGACCCAACCACCAUACACAUUUUCAGGCGUUUUGAUGGCUGUUGAACGAAAAGGACCAGACUCGAAUAUCCUCUUGAGGAAUGUGGUUAGGAAAACGGGUGUAGAAAUGAGAAUUCCACUCGCCAGUCCGACGUUGACGGGUGUCAAGUUGAUUCAAAGGGCUGGAGGCAGCGCUGUAGAAGAAGACGAUAGUGCAAAAGCCAGAGCAAUCAUGAAGCAACAACGUGAAGAGAGGAGAAAGAAACGACAGGAGAAGAAGGCUGCCAAGGCCAAAGCAGCAGGUGUAUCGCCCAUUACCUCUACACAGGGUACUUCAACCUCCAAGACACCCAAGAGCCAUCCUGUCAUUCCUCGACGCCUUCGCAAUCGUCGCUUACCUUCAGGCUGGGGUAUUGGCAUGCCUGGUCAAGUACCAACAGUACGAGUCGCUCGUCAACACGAGUUGAUCCCAGAAACGCGUCGUCGCGUCGCAGAUGCAAAGGAAACGACCAAGGUGGAAGAAAACGGUGCUCUCACGGGCAAGAGAAUGAGGAGACAAAGACUCUACUUCUUACGCGACUAUCCAAACAAGAUGUCUUCCAUCAGCGCGGGUAUCACCAAGAAAGACAACUAG